GCACGCUCCAGCUUCAGGAUAAAUCUCACCCACCAGCGCCUCUGAGGACGAGAACGAGGAGAAGAUCCGCAUCUAUCUCAGGCAGCUUCACAAAUGCAGCCAACAACAAAGGAGCCGCGGCUGCCCACACCGCUAGGCGGACCCCACGUCCUCUUCGACGGCUCAUUCAUUCUCGAGUUCCUACAGCCCGCUCCCGAGCUGAAUGCCUCUGUGCUGAUGCGCGCGACGUACAAAGGGGGUCAUGAACUGACGAAACUGGGCAAGAAUCAUCCUCAGGCACCGCCGCUCCACAUCCAUUUUGCGCAGAGCGAGAGCUUCCUCGUUGAGGCUGGGGCAGUCGGUACGACGACCACAUAUGACGCGAUAGACACGGUGCAUACGACAAAAGCGAGCUAUAACCAGGUUGUUCCACGGCAAGGGCUUUCGCCGCCUGUGCCGAGUCGCAAUGGGGAUGGCGCGACGGCCAUUCCCCCGUGGACGCCGCACAACUUCUGGCCCGUCGCUCCAACCCAUCCCUUUUGGGCUACUCCCGAGGGAGCAGAAUACGAGAGCACCCUGCCAAAGUGUCGCAACUCCGACACCACAGUCCUGAUCUGGGGCUAUCCGAAGUCCACCACUGGCGCCCCAACGGGUACACUCACGACCGACUUCCCACCUGACAUGGACGCCGCGUUCUUCCUUGCACUACUUGGUCUCGUCGACGCCGUCAGUUCAAAACGUCUCGCGAUGACACCGAGUUUAUUCGCGACGUUGUUCUCCAUGCAGACUGUGAGUGAGUCCGCGAUGAUCAUGGCUCCGACCGCUUGGUGGCUGGGGUCUUUAAGGUGGCGGAUUCCGUGGACUGCGCAGGUUGCCCUAGAGAAGGUGCGGAAGCUGCUUGGUGGAGGGAACCCGGUCAAACUUGUCGAGGAUGUUAUUGAGAAUGUAGUUGUCAAACGGCAGUGAGACCUGUCGUUCUAUAUAGUUUAUCUGCCUGCGAGAGAUAAUUAAUUGAUACUGUAAUAUCUUGGAAACCUAGCAUUAUAUGCUCGAGCCUUGCCGGAGGUGCAGCCUGGGUGCCUUACG